GGAGCACAUGAGUCCGGUGGUGCUAGUUGCCAGCGCGAUUCCUUUUUAAGGAGGAAAGCGGGGAGGGUUUAAAGUUGUUUAAUUGCAGGUUGGUUGUUCCCCGCGCCAGGGUGACCCUGCUGGUGUCGCUAACAGCAGCCGCAAGCUAAAGCUUGCCCCGCGGUUUAUCUGUGCCAUUACUGAGCACCUUGCACACAUAAUUGGUUUAGCUUCUGCAAAAGGCAGAAGAGCAGGGUGGGAAAACUCAGUGUCGGCCUUGGUAGGAUUUCUGGUGCAAAACUUGUGGUUUCAUGGAGCAGCACUGAGUUAACAAAUCAGCAAGGGCCCAUCUGACCACAGGAAAAGAGUGUGGCUGUGUAAAAAGAUACUGUUUGAAUCUGACUGCUCUCACCUUUAUCACCAAUGAGAAAUCUUCCAGCAACCCGUGCCCCCAACCUCUUGAUGAGUGAAAAUCGAGUGGAGGAAAAAAUGAAGCUUCUGUUUUUAUUAGCCUUCGUGCUCCUAUUUCCUCAAAGCAAAGGGAACCCAUUAAGUAGAGAUGAUGGCUACCAAAGAACAUUUGAAGACCUGAAGAGGGAAAUAGCUGGCUAUUCAGACAUUGCCAAGAAAAUUAUCGACCUUGCUGUUUACGGCAAGGCGCAGAAUAGAUCCUAUGAAAGGCUUGCACUUUUUGUGGACACUAUUGGAUCAAGAUUAAGUGGCUCAAAAAACUUAGACUUGGCUAUCAAGUACAUGUAUAAAGCCUUGAGGGUGGAUGGCCUGGAAAAUGUCCACUUGGAACCGGCAAAAAUCCCCCACUGGGAAAGGGGGAAAGAGUCAGCAAUGAUGGUGGAACCUCGCAAUCACAGUAUUGCCAUUUUAGGGCUUGGUGGCAGCAUUGCAACUCCUCCUGAAGGGAUUACUGCUGAAGUUUUAGUGGUGACCUCCUUUGAUGAGCUACACCAAAGAGCUCAAGAAGCAAAAGGCAAGAUUGUUGUUUACAACCAACCUUAUGUCAGCUAUGGAGAAACAGUACAGUACAGGGGACAAGGAGCCGUGGAAGCUGCGAAAGUGGGAGCGAAGGCAUCUCUUAUCAAGACUGUUGCUCCGUUUUCUAUAAAUAGCCCACAUACCGGGAUGCAGUCCUAUCAGCCAGGUGUGCGCAAGAUUCCUACUGCGUGCAUUUCAGUUGAAGAUGCUGAACUGAUGGCGCGCAUAUCUUCCCGAGGCAACAAGAUUGUUUUGACUCUGAAGAUGGAAGCCAAGACCUAUCCUGAUGCCGAUUCCUUUAACACAGUUGCAGAAAUAGUUGGAAGCAAGUACCCAAAGCAGGUUGUGCUGGUCAGUGGACAUCUGGACAGCUGGGAUGUUGGGCAGGGAGCCAUGGAUGACGGCGGUGGAGCAUUUGUUUCAUGGGAAGCGUUAUCUCUCCUUAAGGAUCUUGGGCUCCGUCCUAAGAGAACUCUGCGCUUAGUAUUGUGGACUGGAGAGGAGCAAGGUGGAGUAGGAGCUGAACAAUACUACAAGUUGCAUAAGGUUAACAUCUCUAAUUUCGACAUAGUGAUGGAAUCAGAUGAAGGAACCUUCACGCCGACUGGUCUGGCUUUCACAGGCAGUGAUAAGGCUCGUGGUAUUAUGAAGGAGAUAAUGAAAUUGCUGCAGCCUAUCAACGUUACGGGUGUCUUUGAAGAGGGUGGAGGGACAGACAUUAAUUACUGGAUACGAGAUGGAAUACCAGGUGCUAGCUUGCAUGAUGACAUCACGAGAUACUUCUGGUUUCAUCAUUCCCAGGGGGACACAAUGACAGUUCAGGAUCCAACUCAGAUGAAUCUCUGUGCUGCUUUUUGGGCUGUUGUGUCCUACGUAAUUGCUGACAUGGAGGAGAGGGUGCCAGUUUAAUGCUGUUUUUGUAUUUUUAGUAGAACAAAGAAGAAACAUUAAUCUUUUCUACUAUAUACCAGAGAUAUUUUUUACUCACGUGGCUUAAAGCUGUUGUGAAACUCUGUAUUCUUUUUUAAAAAAACUGACUUUGUUUCUCUUAUUUGAACUCAGAGCACAUCCACUAUAUUACGCAGACCUGUUUCUAUUUGCUGAUUUAAUACCUUCCACUUGAGAUGUUCAUCUUCUGCCAUUUGUAUUAAAUUCUUCUGUAGUUUGCUAUUGCUAGUUUCCGCUCAACAGUGACAUAAGAGCCAUUGGUGAAUAAGUGAACCUGUUUAUCUGCUAGUUACUGAUAAUGUGUGCUUUUGAGGGAGAAGCAGAAAAAAAAAAAGAAUUAAAAAGCAAAUACUUCCCAAUUAACAGUUGUGAAUAUAAUGAUAAAGGAAAGGGAAAGGAGAAUGCCUAUCUCAUAUUUUAAAUGCAGAGGGGAUAUGAAUGCUUUUAAUCUUCCAUCAACUUUUUGGAAGUUCAAAACUAGGGCUGCCAAAACCCUAGUAGGAGAUCCCCCACCCCCAGGCCCUGUUGCCCACCACCAUUUUGGAAUGGCAGCAGGGUGUGUGGGGGGAGACUAAAAUGCAGCCUUAUGUACUUACCAGAAGUUCUUACCAUAAGUUUUACCAUAGAGUUUCUGUCAAGUUGGCAUCUCUGGCAAGAACCUCCAGUAAGUACACAAGGCUACAUUUUAAAGAACUUUUUCUCCAUGAUGACACUACAUCCAUAUCAUGUUUGAAUUUUAAAAAGAUGAAAUAUGAACACAUGCAUCGCUUAGGGAUGAAGAGAAAGAUUGGGGGCUCUACUGGCACACACAAGGGUGCUGGGGGGGAAGGGUAACAUGCCCAGGAUGAGAGGCUGUGCAUGAGAAAUGCUAGGACUGUUUCAAACUGUGCACCCUUUUUUCUGGUGCUAGAAGUGACCGCACACACCUAGGUAUUUGUUUUUAAAAAUCAGGACUAAAAUAUUGUUAUAUAAUAUAUCAAUAUACCAUUACAAUAAUGAUAGUUUUAGCAGGUACUCUGAAUUCCCAGCUUUUUUCUUUUAAAGUAAGUAUCUAUCCUCUUUCCCUUGUUGAGAUAUAAAGGAAAAGGCAUAUCUCUGCAAGGAAAAAAGCUAAAUAUUUACUUAAAAAAAAAAAGCUGGGGAUUCAGAGUACAUACUAAAGCUAAGGGGAUAUGAGUGAGUGUGGAUGUGUACAUUCUUAUAUCUCUAUAUUGAUAUAAGGGUUGUAUUUUGAUUGAAAACAAAACCCACUAAUCUUUAGGGCAGAAGUGGGAAGGAGAGGGAGUGGCCUGAUGAUAACAGCAGUCCAAUCAUCAAAAAGUGGGCUGGAGAUGGGUGGGAAUGAUUGGGACAAAGAAAACCUACAAAAACAUCCCAUAAAGAGAAAGGUGAUUCUAGACUAGCUUCCAGGCAAAAAUACUGACGUCAAAGUGGUCUUGAAAUGAAGGAAAGGUCAAAGGUUUGGCACACCAGACUUGGCCUGAAUUCAUCUAUAGACUUAGAAGACAGUCUUAAGUCUUUGUGUACUUUGCCUUAUGCAAGAGAGCUGAUGCUCUUAGAAUGUUACCUUUCACCUCCUUCCUGGAACACACGUUUGUGUUAGAGCUAAAGAUAAACAUCUGUAUCCUUGUUCUGCAUGCUUGUAGUAAAGAGAAGUGUAUAAAAUAAAUGACCACUGUCAGAGAGACAGACCGGUGCGUAGAACCUCAA